UUUUACCCGGAAAUUAAACAGUUAAUGCUCGGUCACAGCUUUGUUUGUUUUUUGUUUAGCUAGGUUUGCUAGCUAGUGCGCCGACGUUUAAUAGAAAUUUCAUGCUAGAACUAGCUGAUACUGCUUGAUAACAAAAAUGAAUUAAAAGCUUAGUAUCCAACAUAGCUAGUUAACAAAAACAGCUUAGCUAACUAAAUAGCUUUCUAGCUGGAGUUUAAAUCUGUCGACGAGCUGGUGUUUUGGACGUUUUGGCAACUUCGGAAUUUGACAGCGUUUCGCUAUAGGCAGGCUAGCAAGCAAAACUUUUCUCUUUGUCAGCAUGUCUUAUGCCGGAGCAGUAUGGCUAGCUGUUCAAGAGGACCUUUACAGAAGUAUCUUCCUCGGACCAGCUCGUCAAAGACGCAAGAGCGGCACCUACUCCUGCAGCUCAAACGGUCAUAGUGACCAAGCAAGACACCCCCUGGACAGUUUCGAUGAUAACUUUUUGUCGCAGUGUUUUCAUUAUAAUCGGCAAUGCCUGAUCUUUCUUGUCGACUAUGUUAAAGCUCGUAUGAUGAAGGACAUUUUUAGGCCCAGUAACGAUGCUGCCUCGGUCGAAGCGAUGAUAUUAGCCACACUUUGUUUUUAUGCGCAGGGCUUUCUUCCAAGGAAAAUCACAGACAUGUUGGGAUUGGACCACACAUCCGCGAACUAUGCGGUAAAUGUCGUUUCUAAAGUCUUGGCGGACAUGGCUCCGGAUUUUAUCACGUUUCCCGGUAGUUAUAAUGAUCGCAUGGGUGUUGCAUAUGGUUUUAAAAACUUAAGUGGAAUUCCAAACGUCGUUGGGGUGUUGGGUUGUUUACAUGUCCAAGUGUUUCCCCCACCCGCCGAAGAGAGACUGUUUCUGAACACUCUCGGUUACCAUUCAGUUAUGGUGCAGAUAAUAAAUGAUGUAGAUGGAAAUCUACUGAGUGUUGAGCAGUGUUGUCCUGGGGGAACUAUGGAACAGGCUGUUUGGGAAAGCUCCAACAUUUGCCAGGAGUUUAGCAGACUUCAGCAUGGUCAGACCUGGGUUGUUGGUAAUAGUGGUCUGUCUAAAAGUAGGUAUGUGUUAACUCCCGUUGAACGCUCUCAAAUCAAAACCAGUGCCAUCAGACGUUUUAACACAGCUCAAUCUCAGGUCCUCAACUCCACACAGCGCGUCUUCGGCUGUCUGAAAACUCGCUUUCGGUGCCUGCGUGACCUCGGAGCUGUGCAGGCCUGCGCCCUUGAGCCCCUCGCUCGAAUCAUCACAGCUUGCUGUGUCCUGCACAACAUCUCUAAGAAGUUUUCUGUGCCAUUACCUGGAGAGCUGGUUCUGGAGCCCGUACACCCCAUUCCAGAGUUGGGGGAUGAAGGAGUCAAAAACCCACUUUACUACAUGGAGGAGACAAGGGAAGACAUGAUAGAAAUGUGCUUUGGUAAUGCUGGGGAGGAAGAUGGGCAAGGCGAGAAGGAUGGACAUAAGGGUAGGCAUGGAUAGACAUAAACACAAUGGGAUUCACAACUGACACAAAAAGUUUGUUCAUCCUUGUACAGCUGAAGGAGGACUAUACAUUGGAAGUGCAGCCCCUCUAACAGGUGCACUGAAGAAGAUGCAGUGCAGAAACAUCCAAAAAUGAUCUAGGCAGCGAGGAAUUUUUUCCAUCUUAUUUUCACUGUUACCUGUCAUAAUUUACUUGUCAAACAGUUAGAAAGCAGAGUAAUAAUUAUUAAACUCUCAGGCCUGUAGUCAAUGACCAACAUUCAUCUCUUGUACAGUUAAUGUACAAGCUUCACUCUGUUCUAGGACACAGAACUACUUCCUUUCCCCACUAUUCUCCUUUGUACCUUUUUGAUAACUGAUGUUUUUGAGUCAGAACUCUUUCUGUUUCUGUAACAUGACAGUCAGUAAAGAAAAAAGUAUGGUUUUAUUGUUUUAGGAUUAAUUCAAAAUAAAUUAAUGACAUUAAUUAGAAAUUAAAUAACUGAAUAAAUUAAAAUUUUCAUAAAAAACUUUGUUCACAAAAAGCCUUGAAACAGAGCAGAAUAUUUUUAUAAGUGUAUAAAUUAAUGGAUUGAGCUGAUUGAGAGCAAAAAAGGGUGCUUCAUGUGUGUGUUCUCAGCCUAUAAUGGCUUGGGUAUUGACACCAAAAUUAAAUGUGUUGUCCAUCUUUUUCCUAUGAAGAACUGAACCCCUUACACAGUGUGUAUUCUUUAAACGUCAAACAGCAGUCAAAACCAAAAUGUUUUUUUUUGCAUUCAGUUCUGUGCUUAGUUGGCCAAAAGCAUCAUAAUGUUAUAAUGUCCUCUUAAUUAUAGAAGGGCCAAGAUGGCCAAGUCCUGCCAUGAUGAACUUUGGUUUCUGAUGUCUGAAGCACUCACUACUUGCAUGGACUUUGCAGCUUGUUGUCCAUGGAAACAAGCUGCAAAAGUCAAAUCUAAUUUAUGUUACAAGUUUAGAUUAAGCCAAUCUUUUGUAAUAAUUCUGCAAUUUGGAUGUGUUCAUUAAAUAAAAUGGAAAAUUUCUCUGGCUAAAAAACUAGUUUAGCUCUUGGACCUUAAAUAAUAUAUAUGUUCCAGAAAUGUGUGGUCUGUGGUCAGUGUACAAAAGGGAGGGGAGGUGUUCAUUUUUUAGUACAAAAUGUACACUGUACAAUGUGCAGUACACUCAGAAGUAAAGUAUACCUUACAAGGUAUUCCUUAAAGGAAUAUCCUAAUUACUAAUAUUAAUUAUUUACAUCAUGUGCACUAUUUUUUUUCUCUUUUUUGCCGUUAUGUAGCAAACUGUUAUGAGUUUUUCAAAUGGCUGCAGAUGGCA